AUGAGUAUUCCACUAUUAGACGCUUCCCAGCUUCAGGCCGGCCCUGAUGCCCGAAGUACAUAUAUUCGGGAUUUAGUUCAAAGUUUUAAAGAUUAUGGAUUUGUACGACUUAUAAAUCAUGGAAUUCCAGAAGCGAGAGUAACUCAAAUGUUUCACUUGGCUAGUGAAAUGUUCAAUCUUAAACCUGAAAGCAAACUUGAAUUCGUCAAUGUGGCUGAUGGUAGCCCUCAGAGAGGGUACAGUGCCAUUGGAGUAGAGAAGACAGCUUCUCUCCAUAGCAAAUUGGUGGGACGUAGCGUGGAUGAGAGAUUAACAGAUGCCAGAGAACAUUUUGACUGUGGCUCUCCUUUGGAUCAACAGUUCAAAAAUCAAUGGCCAAAAAAUCUUGAUCAGUUCCAAACUGAGAUGGAAUCUUUUUAUUUCCAGAUGGAGCGAGUAACCACUAAUAUCUUAAGUUGUUUGGAAGAAGGCUUAGGAUCCCCCCCUGGUACUUUCAACAGAUUGAUCACUCACAAAAGCAAUGCGAGUGAGCUUCGAUUGAACCAUUAUCCUCCAGUUCCAGCAUCUCUACUGCAAAAUGGCCAAGUCUCCCGCAUCUGGCCUCAUUUUGAUCUAGGUGUUAUUACACUACUGUUUACUUCGUCUGUUGGCGGCCUAGAAGUUGAAGAUAGAAUAAGCCCCGGGCCUCAGAAAUUUAUCCCCGUUGAAUCGGAGACUCAGGCAGAGCUUAUCGUGAAUAUCAGCGAAACCCUCCAACGUUGGACUGAUGAUCAGUUACCUGCUGGAUUACAUCGGGUCUCAGUCCCAAAGUCUCUAGAGGAGGAAAUUAAACAUAAUAAGAAUGUUGAAGUUCCGCGUCGGUACAGCAUUGCAUUCCUCUGCAAGGCUGACCGCCAAGCUCCAGUUGGCACUAUUCCUUUUUUUCAAACAGGAGAAACACCUCGAUAUCAGGAUAUAUGUGCCUCUGAGUAUCACCGUUUAAGACUUCUUGCUGCUUAUUAAGAAUAAUUAGAUAGAAGUACUAUUACUUAAAGCAUGAUAAAUAGAGAAUAUGCCAUGUCGCCCCUUUAUGAAUG